GUAGACGUGUUUUUCACAGAGCGACAAAAAUCACAAAUAUCACUAUGAAAAGACAAAGAUCUUCCGAGAGAAAGAGCCAGAGUGUGUCUAAGAGGCGCCGUAUAGACGUCUCUUCAGAUGACAGUCGUCAGUGGUACGAGGUGAUGCUUGCCCUGGCGGCCAAAUCAGCUUGCAAACAAGUCUUUACUUCUGCUGCUCACGAGUGGAGAGAGCACAUUAAAGACUGGUAUGAGUUGACCCAUGCCAUCAACAAGUCUGAGGAGCGUAGGGAGCUACCCACCAUACCUCAACCUACGCAUCAGAUGGAGUGGUUGGCUAGAGUUAAUUUUAAACACAGACCCAUGCGCCGCAACAUACCAGAACAGAGACGUCAUAAAGUCUCUAAGAAACAAGACCUGAAUUCUUCCUUUUACGUCUACUAAAGAGGAGGAGGAUUUUGGUAUGGGACAGAUACUAGUAGUUUGCAAGAAUCUGAGACAUUCUGACUGCCACAACCAUCACAGUACCGUGCACUGUCUGUACUUGUAUUUUGUGUACCACACACUUUCUAUGGACCCAAGUGCCUGACUUUAAAAAGUGCUAUUUUAAUGACCAUCUCAGUGUUAACGCCACAGCCAUCAUAGUGCCACACACUGACAGUGCUUGAAUUUUGUGCAUCACGUACACACCCUUUUUGGACCCAUAUGUGUUUGACUACACAUGGUGUGUUUCAUAACUUUUACAGUGCCACUGUGGUCCUGAAGGUCCUUCUGCAUUGCAUUUUAUCAGGCGCUGCGUGUGACUAUGCAUAGACUUUGUUAAAUAAGACAUUUGCUGCAUGUUUAGCAGAUGUAUUAAUUUUCUUAUCUGGCAAAGUUUUAUUUGCCUUUAUGUUUAAAGACUCGCCAUUAUUUUUUAUUUUUUAUUAUUUCUUUUGUUAUAUACUACUUGCAUGUUACUUUUGUUGUUGUUUUAAUAUACUUUAA